ACGUUUUGUGGAUAAGAAAAGAAUGAGUUCUAAAGUUGUAAAGAAAGGUGGGAAAAAGUGGAAUCCAGAAGAUGUAAUUCAAGCUGUCGUUAUAGCUGAUAGUUUUAACUUCAGAUUUCUCCCUCUGACAACUGAGAAACCCAGAGCUUUAUUACCUUUGGUGAAUCGCCCUCUCAUUGAUUACACCGUUGAAUUUCUCGCCGUAUCUGGUAUAGAAGAAGUGUUCAUCUACUGCUGUGCCCAUGCUGAUGCCAUAAAGAAGCACUUCAACCAGUCAAGGUGGAGCAAGCAGUCAUCCCCUAUUAAGCUCCACAUCAUAAUGUCAGAAAAUUGUCCAUCGGUUGGGGAUGCACUGCGUGACAUCGACUCUCAAGCUUGCAUAAAAUCUGAUUUUGUUUUAGUGUCAGGAGAUCUAGUGUCCAACAUGGAGUUACAGGAAGUCAUCAAGAAGCACAAGAAAUUACGCGAAACUGACAAAAUGACCGUUAUGACAAAUGUUUACAAGAAAGCAGCUCCUGGUCACAGAACGAGAAGCAAAGAAGAUGAUAUUCUAAUAGCGACAAGUUCAAGUUCAGGUAGAUUACUCUUCUGUGAAAAGCCAAUUGGCAAGAAAAAAAUAAGUGUUCCUACCGAUAUAUUUGAAGAGAAUGAAGAAAUAGAUAUUCACUACGAUGUUCUCGAUUGCCACAUAAGUGUUUGCUCUCCAAAUGUUCCUCAACUUUUUUCUGACAAUUUUGAUUAUCAAACACGAUAUCACUUUAUUCGUGGCAUUAUCGUAAAUGAGGAAGUAUUAGGAAAUUAUAUCUAUGCUCAUUUCAUUUCUGAUCAAUAUGCAGCCCGUGUUAGCAACCUUCAGACAUAUGAAGCUGUGAGCAAAGAUGUCAUGUAUAGAUGGGUAUAUCCUUUGGUACCUGACAAUAGUAUUCUGGAGCCUUACUCAUAUGGUCGACACAACCUCUAUCUCAGUAGCGGUAUAUCUCUUGCGUUUGAUUGUGUGCUAGAAGAAGAUGUUGUUUUGGGGCCAGACACUACUGUUGGGGCUUCUACUGUUAUUUCUCAUUCUUCAAUUGGUCAGCGUUGCAAUAUUGGAAAAGGAGUGACGAUUAGUGGUUGCUAUAUAUGGGAUGAUGUCACAAUCGGUGACAGCUGUAAGCUUUCAAAUUCAAUCAUUGCAAGUAAUGUAGAAUUUAAAGAUGGUGUUAUUGUAGAGCCUGGUUGCAUAAUUUCGUUUAAUGUUGUUGUGGGACAAGACUUUCGUGUGGUCAGUGGUACUCGGUUAACGACCAGUAAGAAUUCUCUAUCCUUUGAUACUGACGACUGGGGGGAUGAGACAGAUCGUGACGCUGAACAAGCUUUGCCUAUUACAAUGCCAGAGUGUGUUGAUAGUGAUGUGGGUUGUGGUGGGAAGGGCUUUAAAUGGGACCCACCCCAACCAGACAGUGACGAUGAAUCUGGACGAUUUAUACAUGAGAAGUGGCAUCCUCAUAUAACAAGUGGUAAUAUAUCUCAAGAGUCGUCUAGUGACAGCAAUGGCACCCGUUCGCCAUCCCCACUACCUCUAACAACUGAAUUAGAUGAUGCUGAGGAUUCUUUUUAUGCCGAGACAUUAGAUUGUGUACGUUCAGGUGUAACCGACUCAGUGAAGCCAGAGAAUACAAUUCUAAUGAUCAAUGCAUCUAAGCAUGCCUAUAACAUUCCUAUUCAAGAAGUACCUCUUAAUGUCAUGAAAGCUCUCUUAGAAGGUCCAAGUGAAAGUACAGAAGGAAAAAAACCAGUUCUAAUCGAGUACAUUAUCAAGAGCCUUCGUUAUCAUAAGACCCUCUUACUUCACUAUGUCAAGGGCAAUGAUCUUCAAGCUAGUGUUUUGAAUCUUGUCACUAGUAGUGCUAUGAAAGAAUAUGCAAUAAGGCCCAUUUUUGCGAAAAUCGUGCUGGAAUUAUAUAACCUUGAUGUUCUUGAUGAGAGCACAAUACUAAGCUGGCAUAGUCAGUUCAAAGGAACUCGAGCAUCAAAAGAGCAGCAGGAAAUCCUUAAGUCUGUCGCACCUGUCAUAGAGUGGUUGGAGAAUGCUGAAGAAGAGAGUGAGGAAGAGAACUAGUAAUAAUUAUCAAUAAAUUAUUGUUGUUAUUAAUAUCAUCAUAAAUGGUAAAUUAAUAAUUUUGUCUUCCAUGAGUAUUAAAUAAUAACAUUAUUGCAACACAAUGAACAUGAAA